UGGACCACCACCACAAUCAAUCGGUAUUUGGCUGUGUUUUGUUUUUUACUGUUCAUUGAGAAAAUAAUUUGCCAUCAUCAAAUGCAAAUGGAACGGUGACAUAAAUGUGUUGCACAAACCAAAACGUGGCUGUAUAGACGAACGCGCGCGCCGAGUGUAGCUGAACACACAGUAGAAUAGUGUAGAAAUUGCAGCCUGGCCAGAAAGCAUGAGCUGAAACUGGACAAGCACACCAACACCAACACACACACACACACACACACAGUCAGCGAGACAGCGAGACACACAAAAAAGAUAAUUUUUGUCAAGGCAACGCUGUGUGCAACGCAGGGGCAAAUAAACUUUAAAUAAGGUGACAAUUUCGACGGCGACAAAGACAAUAACGACGCGUGCAUGAAACUUAAUUGAUGGUCUGCCAACGUCCGCGUGCUGAUUGUCACCUUGCGAUUCCAGCGGAGUCACGUGUAUGUAUGUGUAUGCGUGUGCCUGUAUGCACAUGCAUAGUUAUCGUUGUAUGUGUUGUAUGCUAACUCGAAAGUGCAAGCAAGCAAUGCAACAACAACAACAAUAUUAACAGCUACAAUAACGGAAGCAUUGGCAAGCCUUGCCAGACCCAUCCACGCAGCAGCAGCAGCAUCACGGCGUCCCAGCAGCAGCAGCAGGCGCACACACACCAACACAAUAACGACUACAACAACAACAACAGCAAUAUGAGCACAGUGUUUAUUAACUCGCGCAAAAGCCCAAAUGUGCUCAAGAAACAGGGCACAGACCAAUGGGUCAAGCUGAAUGUGGGUGGGACAUAUUUUCUAACCACCAAAACGACGCUUUCCCGUGACCCCAAUUCGUUUUUGUCGCGUCUUAUACAAGAGGACUGUGAUUUGAUAUCAGAUCGGGAUGAGACGGGCGCCUAUUUAAUUGACAGAGAUCCCAAGUACUUUGCGCCGGUUUUAAAUUAUCUGCGCCAUGGCAAGCUCGUGCUGGACGGCGGCGUCUCCGCGGAGGGUGUGCUCGAGGAGGCCGAGUUCUACAAUGUGACGCAGCUAAUCGCGCAGCUGAAGGAGUCCAUCAGCCACAGAGACCAGCGACCGCAUGCUGACAAGAAGCGCGUCUAUCGUGUGCUGCAGUGCCGCGAACAGGAACUGACGCAGAUGAUCUCAACUCUGUCGGAUGGCUGGCGUUUCGAGCAGCUGAUUAGCGUCGGCAUGCAAUACUCCAACUAUGGCCCGUUCGAGAACAACGAGUUCCUCUGCGUCGUCUCCAAGGAGUGCGGCUCCACAGCCGGCCGCGAACUCGAGCUCAACGAUCGCGCCAAGGUCCUGCAGCAGAAGGGAUCGCGAAUUCUUGGAAUUUAAGAAAUGCUUAUAGAGCGUGUGUAUGCCAUCCAAAAACAAAAGCAAAAGCAAAAAGUAACUCCCAUCAUCCAACACCAAGCUUAAAUAAUAAUACACCACAAUCAAGCACAACAUCAUGAACAACAACAAAAAGCCAGCAAAACAGCGACAAACAACAACAGCAAAAAGAAAAAACAAUUAAACAAAAAAAAAAACAAA